CUCUGGACCGUCAGGGGCCCACAGCGGUUGCACUGGAUAAGAUCGACAUUAAUCAAGGAGUACAAAAAGGUCGAGCAGAAAUAUCCGUCGCGUAGCCCCCAUUUCUAGAAACCGCGAUCCAACAUCCAGAGUAGCCUCGUCAGAACCCAAACAGUCCAUCACCGAUACCAAAUCCCAUUUGCGCAUCAUCCACGCCGCCCCGCAAACAAGCAGCGGGCAAAGGUUCUGACCGGCCGAGAUGAUCCUGGUGGCGGUCAUGGCGGAGCUGCUGGAGGAGUACACGGCGGCGGUGGCAGGCGCCGUGGAGCGGCUGCUGUCCGCGGCGCCGCGCAUCUUGCCGCGACGCGUGCGGUUCAUCGUCCUCCGCAGCCUCCCCUUCGCCUCGCGGCCGCAGCCCGUGCCGCCGCCACCGUACGCGAGCCCCGUCCUGCUCGCCCGCUGAUUAUAGUACUCCAGCUGAGACUCUAAAGUGAGGUGAAGCUUCUAGCUUGUACAUACUGAUGUUACAAUAACACGGUUAGCACUAGUGAAGAUGUUUUGGCUGGUCCUUGCUGUUGGGUGUGUACCUUGUACCUUGAUGUACGGGAAGUAAGUAGUUGCUUGCUUAUUCUUGACUA